AUGUACUGCAACUUCAAUGGGGCCGUCUUCCCUGGCUGUUACUGGGGCAGCUACGGCUACCCACUGGGAUACAGCGUUGGCUGUGGUUAUGGUAGCACUUACUCCCCAGUGGGCUAUGGCUUUGGCUAUGGCUACGGUGGCUGCGGCGGGCCUUUCGGCUACAGAAGAUACUGGCCGUACACUCUCUACCAGUAG